UGUAAACAAAACAUCACAUCAUAAAAUGAUUACUCUUAUUUUUACUUUUGAAAAAUAAAAUAAAAUGAAGAUUAAAUACAGAUUUAUAGAAUUAGUUGUAGUUUAAAUGGUGCGAUGACUAAAAAGCCUUCAGAAAAAAAUAAAGCAUGGGAAAAAGAGAGACGUGAUCGGCUUAAUAAGUCUUUUGAAAACUUAGCAAAAUUGUUACCAAAUUACGAUCCAUCAAUAACAUGGACUAAAAUCGAGAUUAUUCAAAAAUCAAUCGCCCAUAUCGAACAUUUACAUCAGAGAACAGAAAAAUAUAUAGCUGCAAAAGACCCUGAACUUUUAAAUAAUCAUAAAGAAUUGACGGAAGUACUUAAACGUUAUCAAAUAAGAAAUCUUCAGCUUUCCGAAUUGUUAAAAGCCGCAAAUAUAACUUUACCCCCAUUUAAUUUGCCAAAAUUCUGUGGAAGUAAUUCAAAAAUUUAUGAGCAAUUAAAGGAACUUGAAAAUAAUAUUGAAAAUAAUGAAAAUAACAAAACGAAAACGAAUGAUGAAAAUGUUUGUAACACAAAAAUCAAAAGAAGGGCGAAUAUCAAGGAAGAUAAUCUCUUAAAAACAGAUCAAAUUUUAAAAAUAAAUAACAAUAAAGCGACUGAACAUGACAAUAUAAUAAAAAAAACGAAGUUUGUGAAUUCAAAACAAGACGUUGACUCGAGCGCAAUUCAAAGUAACAAAAAUUUAGUGGAUAUUUCUAAAGAAUCCGAAAAAUUUCCUUUGAAUGCUGAUCUUAAAUUUGCGGAAGCAAAUUCUAUAGAUGUUACAACUUCAUGUACUUUAAAAAGUUCUGAAAAUAUUACCGUAAAUUUAUCAACUCCUAUAUCAAUCACAUCAACUGAUAUAAAAUAUGACUGUAAUCCUAAAACUCUUAUUUCAACAUCUACAGCAUCGCCUAUGAAAAAUGUCGCAAAUUUAGUAAAAAGUCCAUUACAAGCUCAACAAAAUUCAGUUGUAUUGUCAACUGAACAAAUAUCAGUUCCAUUCAUUACACUACCUCCAGGUAAUUUGCCAACAAUUAUAAAAUUUGAAAAUCUAUUAAACUCACAUGAGAAAAAACUUAUCGCAGAUGCAAAUACUAAACCACAAACAGGCAUAAAAACAAUUAAAAUCUUGCCACAACCAACUGUUAAGUUAUACUAUCCGAGUGUUGAUGGAAAAAUUCCAAUUCCACCUAUCAGAAAAAAAACUAUUAUUAAAACCAAAAAAGUACGCAAAAAAAGAAAACCCGAAAAUAUCACAACUGUUUUAAAUAAUGCUAAAAAAAUUAAAAUCUUCGAAGAAGAAGAAAACACUUCCCAAGAAAAAAUUGAAGUAACGAAAGAAAUAAACGUCGUAACAAGUUUGUCAGCGUACUGUAUUGAAAAAUUAUGUGAAAAUGAUAAAAACAUACAAUCAAAUACGAACACAAAUGAAAAACGAAAUGAAACUAAUACAACAUGUGACAAACUAAUUGAAGAUGAAGAAAGAGUUUCAGCAACGUCAAAUAAACAAAUUUCAACUGAAAACGAUGCUCCUGAUAACAAAACAGGAAUUAUAGAAAAAUUAAAUGAAAAUGAAUCAAUAAAAGAUAAAUCGGAUGAAAAAAUCAUUGAAAACGCUGAUUCAAUUCAAUUGAAACUUCCAAAUGUCAAUGCACAUAUCAGAACGGUAUCACCAACAGCAGCGUUCCUAAAAUCUUUUCCAAAGGUUGCCUCUGCAUCAAAAAAUGAUACAGAUAUUGACAAAGAUGGAAUUUCCAUACCGAACCAAUCAUACUCCGGAUUUUGCAACCUUGCUGAAAAUAAUAGAACAAAUACUUCGAGUAUUUCAAAAUAUAAUGAUAAAAAGAGUGAAAAACAUGUGAAUGAAAAAGAAGAAACAAAGAAACCUGACUUACACAAAGUAGAAUCUGCUUUUUCAACUGUUGAUGAUAUUGCAAAUUCAAAAAAUUUUAGUUUGUCUGAAAAUAAUUCAAUUAUAGUUUCGUGUGAAAAUGAGCAACCUUUAAAAUUAAGCAGUGUUAAUAGUCUAAUUACUACAUUUGCAACUAGUAUUUCUACACAAGUGAAAAGCAAUGUUGAAUCAAAUUUACUAUAUACCAGAAAUUCAAAACCUACGCCAAUAUUUUCACCUUACUUUGACGAACCAAUACCAAUAUCGUCCACUAAAAAUAUUCCCGUAUCCAUAUCAAAUUUAAACUUAUCAACUCAAGGUCCAAUAUGCACUCCAUUGCCUUUAGAAAAUACACAAAAGAAUAAAAAAAUUGAGAAGGCACCUCCUUUCAAUUUUUCAAUUCCUUCAAUAGCUUCCCACACUGUUCCAGAGGAAAGUAAAAAUGAUUGUAAAGGUUUAGCAGAUAAAAUUGAAGCUAAAAGUGUUAAAGAAAAUUUAGAACUAAAAGAAAAUAUUGAAAAUAAAAUUAAUAAAACUAGGUCAAGUAGUGAAAUCCCGAAUAGAUCUUGUCCUACAUCAACUAAUUCUUUAGUAUCAGAUUUAUUUUCGUAUACACCUUUAACAUUACCAAACAUGUGGAGUUCUAUUACCACACCUGUUACACAUUGUAUUACAGAAUCAUCACAUACUAAUUAUACAAAACCGUUUUAUCUAGAUUCUUUGCCGGUAUUUAAUCCAAAUUUAGGGACGACUUCUAUUUCAAAUAAUACAGAAUCGAGUAAAACUUUCGUUUCGAAUGCAGUGAAUUAUACAAGUCCGCCAAUAACAACUGUGACAUGUACUGUUUCUAAUACUGAAAUAAAAACUGUUUGUAAAAAUAAAACAUCACCCCAUGUGCCUGAGGCAGAUAAAGUGUUACAUGUUAAUAUCCAAAAAAGUUUGGAUAAUAAACAAAAUUCAGAAUGUUCAAAGCUUACGUCAUCGAAAAGCAUUAAAAACACUGAAUUAAAUAAUCAGUGUUCAAAUAAAUUAAAUUCAUAUCCUUCGUUUACUUUCUCCCUCACUUCAACUACUCAGUCAUUACCAGAAAUGAAAUCAUCGAUUUCAACGUGUAUUUAUUCUCAGCUACCCGAUUUAAAUUCCCAAAGUUUCAGUAAAUCAGUUUCAUCAAAUACAGCUUCAAGCCUCUCAGCUAACCCAAUCGUAAACACUUCGACCUCAUCUAAUAUUAAUAGUAAUCCGCUAGUCACUUCUAACAGUGUGGGAGUGGCGUAUUCCAAUACACAAAGUACGUUCACAACAUUUUCUAAAAUGUCAAGUGGUAUAACAAGUUUUUAUGAAAAAAACACUGCAAUUUCAAAUAAUACAAUCGAUUCGCAUCUUAUUUUGCCAUCAAAUUCAAAUUCUAAAGUAACUUCUGCAACUUUAUUGCAGCCUAGCUAUAAUAUUUCAACGCUGACUUCUUUGUCUGACAGUUUAGUUUCAAAAACCCAAAACCAUUGUUUAAAUCAGACUGACUCAAAAACUUUUUGUUCUAAUACUUCAAGUAAAGCAAAUUUAUCAAAUAAAGAAUUAUUAAGCGCGCAAACAACCGGAUCACAAUCAUCAGCAACACAUAAAAAUGAGAAGAAAAGCAAAGAGAUUUUAAUUCCCAGUACUAUCAAUAACAAUAAGGAUAUGUGCAAUAUAACAAAAAAUAAUUUAAGGACCAUUGACAGUAUCUUUACAACUUGUCCACCUUAUAUUCCAACUACUUCUAAUAACUUCCCAGCUUUUUCCAAAAAUUCAACAACUAAUGUUAAUGAAAAUUUAAAUGAAAACAUUAUAGCAGAUAAUAAAAAUACAAAAGCAGCUAUUUCGAAAUCAACUAGCCAUACUACAGACACAUUAACUAAGGUUUCAAACAAUACAACAAAUUUAGAAAAAACUAAAUUCAAACCUGAGCUAAUAGAUACUUUAGCACAUUCUAAUAUUUUUCCAAAGGCUUCUGCAACAAGUACUGCAUCUAACACAUCGAGUGAUUUUAAAAUUGAUUAUACUGGCGAUUCUGUUAAAAAAUCUUCAAAUUUGAAUAACGUUAAAGUUCCAAAUGCCGAUAUUCCACCAUGGACUUUGAAUAUUCAGAACAACCUUUCAAAUAAUUAUGUUGGUUUUGAAAAUCCUUUAUGCUCGUAUUCUGGAUUUAAUUACACCAGUAAUUACGCAUCGCAUAUUACACAAUCGGAAUAUUAUUAUCCAACGAAAGUUUCAGAAAAACAGAAUAAAACUCUUAUCUCUGAAAGUAAUCAUCCAAAUUCAUUUGAUAAAACGGGAAGUAAAGGGAAAGAUAUAAUAUAUUCUGUGACAAAUCUAUUUGAUACAAAGCACAAUGAGGAAGUUAUUCAAUCGAAAAGUAAGGGAAAUUCAAACACAUCAACAUAUUCCCCUCAGGUCAGUUCCAAAACUUUCAAUGCAAAUAAUAAAUGUGAUGCAACACAAAUUCAAACAUCCGAUUGUACUCUCCCUGAAUUACCUUCGUCAAAUAUUAGUACUAUGGUAGGAACCCCACCUUUCAAGAAUGUAAAAUCCACAUCAUCAACGUCGACGAUAUCUUCAUCCCGUUCAUCUCUUACUCAAAACUUUACAAUGAAAGCAUCUGAAAAUAUAAAUUCUAAUUUUAUAAAAUCCAAUUUUGUCAGCAACGGGAAUUCUAAAGCUGACCUAAUUUCAAUGGAGGACAGUAAUUUAUCAAAUUCUAAACAGAAAUUAGUAUCAAAAUCAAAAAUGAAAUCAAAUGAAAUUUCGACAAAAUUAACCGCCAAUAAUUUGGAGGUGAAUUCGAAAAAUCCAAUAAUUCAAAAUAACGAAGUAAACAACAAAAUUUCGAAUAAUAUCUCAGUGUUUAACACUGCAAAUGCUUCGUUAACUACUUUGAAUUCACAUAAAGUUUCUCAAACUACUAACACUAUUACGAAAUCGAACGAAUUUCUCACAAACUUUGAUUCAACUAAGAAUUUAAAUUUACCUUCUACUAAAGUUACUUCUGAAGGGUCUGGUAAUAAGGAAAGUUUUGCCGCAACAAAAAAUAAACCUUCAACAUGUCUUUAUGGUUCAAACUUUCCUAUACAAUCUCAUGAAUUUUCAACAAGCAAUAUGCUAUAUUCUUCAAUUAAUAAUAAUUUAGGAAUGAACUCGGAGUCUUAUUCUAAUAAAUAUCAAAAAGAAAAUAUGGACCCUAUAAUUUCAAACUCCAACAGCUUUGCAAAUAAUACUUAUUCUUCUUCGAAUCAUAGUCUUUAUGCCAAUUCAAAAAAUUAUUAUUAUCCUAUUCAAGGGGAAAACUGUAAUUCUUAUAAUAAUUAUUCAAUGACUCCUAUAAUUUCCCAAUCAAAUUCAUACAAUUUGGAUCAAACGAAUAACAAUUCUUGUUUAAUUUCUUAUCCUAAUUUAAAGACUGAUUUGCCUUGGAUGGCGGCACCACCACCGACCAUUUCACAAACUUCAUUAUCUACUACUGAUUACAAUGCAUUUACUUUUAGUCUUACACCGACAACAAGCUCUUAUGUUACAACAAGCAAUCAUUAUGCUACAACUAAUUUUUCAUUUUCUCUUACAACACCCAAAACAUCGUCUUCAGUAACUAGUAUUAAUGAUAAAAUAAAGAAUUUUCCUAGUAAAACAGGUUUUUACGAUCAAACUGCAUCUUCUUUUGAUUUCGGUUUGGGUUUUAAUACUGUAAAACAUCCUGCAACAGAACCAACAAAUUUUCAAUUUUCUUUACAAAAAUCCCCAAACAAAAAUAAUUCUAUUACAAAUAGUAAUGUAGAAAAAUCUAACUACAAUUUUUCUAUUGAUUCUCAAUUAAAUUCAAAGAAUCCAAUUAUUCAAACUAAUUCAGUAUCACGAAAUGAAAUUAAUUCAAAUAAUCAAGAAUUUAAAGUACCAAGUACUAUUAAAUCAAAAAAUAAAAUUGCAUCCUCUUCAAUUAAAACUGAAAAACGAACACAAUCAAAUCAGAAUAAAAGUUAUUAUGACUGUGAAAUGAAUAGAACUAGUUCAACAAUUAAAACAUUACAAAAAAGUACAAUAAAUUGGAUGACAACUGGCCCAAUUUCCUCACAAUCUUCCUCAGAAUGUAAUCCUUCAGUAUAUCAAGAUUUUAACAAUACCUUUAACGUUUCAAAUAACAACAAUGAUUUCCAUAAAAAAUCAAAUUAUUAUCCUUCAAUAGAUGAAAAUUUAGUUACAUGGUCUCCAAGUAAAAUUUUUGAUCAGUCUGUUCAAAAUUAUAACAAUCAGAAUAAUUAUGGAACUUCUAAUGAUUUUCAAAUUGAUAAUGAUGUUAAUAAUUAUUUAUCUAAUUCCUCUGGUAAGCAGAUUAAAUCAGAAAAAUCAUCUUCUAAAGAACAAAAUACAAGCAAUAAUUUUUUUUCAAUUAAACAAUUUGUUGAUCAAACAUCUUCUUCAGUUUCCAAUGAAACUGGUCAAAAAAUUUUCAAUAAUUACCAUAAUACACAUAACCAACAGCAACAAAACCAGCAGAUUGAUCAAAAUCAAAUAAAUUCUCAGCAAAAUGAAAUGCUUAAAAAUAAAAAUGAUAUUGUAAAUAAUCAGAAAAAAGUUUCCCAAAAUAAAUUGAAAGAUGUAAACUAUAAGGAAAAUAUAAAAACUAAUUCCCAUAAUCAAAUUAAAUUCGAUGAAUCAAACGUAAAUCAACAUUCGAAUCAACAACAACAUCAAUCUCAAAAAAUAUAUUCAAAAUCAAAUCAAUCAUUAAGUUGUAAUUAUUCAGCUGAAUCACUUAUAUCGAAAAAAGAGAAAUCUUCAAAGAUUUUACCUCAAAAUUGUGAUACUACCUUUGAUAAUAAUACCAGUUUAUAUAAUCCAUGUUUUAAUUCUUUAACACAAACUUCUGAAUUAAUUGAUCAACAAAAUUAUAAUACAAAUUAUUUUUCAUCAUAUUCAUCAAGUAAUAAUAAUCAUUUAACAUCUGAAAUUGAUUAUUUAGGUGCAAGUAUUUUACAUUCAACUGAUUUCAAUAAUGAUUCAUAUAACAAAUCUAAUUCUACAGCAUUUCUAAAAGAUACAAAAAAAUCAAAUUUUAUUUCAAAUUAUUCAACAUCAUCUACAAUACCAUCAUCACAUUUUCCACAUUCACAUCAUAUUUCAUAUGAAUCAACAAAUUAUUUAAAUGUUCCUCCAUUAAUUUCGUCUGGCACAACAAAUGAAAAUUGUGAAUCCUCAUCAUAUUCAUAUAAUAAUAAUAAUAAUAAUAAUAGUAAUACUAAUAGUAACAAUAAUAAUAAUAGUUCAUUUAUUAAUAAUUCAACGGCGACAGUAACCAAUAAUUAUCAAUAUAAUAGUUGGCAUAAUAGUUCAAAAUCAAAUGUCAUUGGUUGUUUACAAAAUAAUUGCAAUACAGGAUUAAAUGUACAAUUUCCACAACAACAAAAUUUAAUUAAUUCAAAUUUAAAUACUGAACAGAUGCCAAUAAAUACACAUUCCCAAAAUGCAUCAGUUGGUAAUUUACCAAAUUUUAAUUUGAGUUCAAUAUGUCCUGAAAUAAAUGAUAAGGUUUGCUCUAAUAAUAAUAAUGUUUGGUAAAUGUCUUGCAAUACUUUAUCUUGAAAUUCAAUUGAAACUUGUUUUGUUUUUUUUUCGAACUGUUUACUGUAAUAAAUAAUUAAUAAAUUUUAAUUUAAUUCUAAUAUAUAUUUGUAAAUAAUAAAUUAAUA